AUGGCGUACUCGGCCUUAGAGCCACAGCACAUAAGGGUGCUGAAGCUUGAGCCGAGCGCCGAGCGCGACGCCAUAAUCACCUGCUCGCUGUCUGUGAUAUCACUAUCAGAGAACCCUACGCCGCAGUACGAAGCCCUCUCGUACGUCUGGGGCGACUUCACGGAACGGCAUGAGAUCCAACUGGAUGGCCUUCCCACUCCCGUUACUAUGAACCUUUGGACCGCACUUAGAUACAUCCGCUUACCGGAUGCUCCUCGCACCCUUUGGAUUGACGCAGUCUGCAUCAAUCAGUCCGACGUGCAGGAGCGCAAUGCGCAAGUUCGCCAGAUGGGCCGGAUCUACAGCCAAGCUUCCCAUGUGCUCAUCUGGCUCGGGGACCCGGACCCGCAAAUCGAGGACACCUUUUCCGCGCUCUCCGUUCCGGGGGCCCUGGACCAGAGACAGUACGAGGACUUUCCCCCAGAGAUCGCAGAUGGUUUACGCAAGAUGCUCGCAAGGCCCUGGUGGCAUCGCGUCUGGGUGCUACAGGAGCACGUUUUGGCGGACGCGGAUCCUGCUGUGGGGUGCGGAGAUUCAUGGUUGGACUGGAAGGAGCUGUCGGGCGCGCUGUUGGAUUUUGCGCGCAGUAUGAUGGAUGCGAGUGGUACUACGAUCGCCGACGACCAGACGACGUGGGUCCAGGAUUCGACCAUGCUCCUGCGCCAUGUCCUGCUCAGGGAGCAGUGGAAUGAUCCUGGCUAUCAAGGGGGGAGAGGGACGACUAUUGCCGAGAUUAUAGAGAGAACGCGGGGCCGUCGAGCUACGGAUAAGAGGGAUCAGGUCUUUGCGGUCAGCGGUCUGCUGCGCGAGGAGGACAAGGCCAUGUUCCCAGCGCCAGACUAUGCAAUGUCGGUCAAUGAGGUCUACCAGAUGGCAACGGUCGCCUUCAUCCGGAGUAGCGCGAAACUUACGUUCUUGAUCCAUGCUACCGACAAAGGUGAUGACGAUCUGGAACUGCCGUCGUGGUGCGUCGACUUCUCCAAGAGGAUGUGGGAUUGGGGCGCGUAUGGGAACCUGGGGGGUCACGACUUUGGGCACCGUAGAGAAAGCGAGGAAGAAAUCCAAGAGUUCAUGAAUGUACUCUCGCAUGAUGCGUCUCUGGGUACAUUGAACGUGCUAGGUGGCGUCCUCGGACAGGUCAUCAUGUCGAGGCCCCUUGUUCCGCCAUCGGCUUUCGACCAGAGCGGAGUGACUGUGCAAUUUGAAGGCGAGCCUCGACCCAUGAUGGAAGCUGGGGUUGGAAAGCUGCUCAUGCUUACCGAGUUCGUCAAGGAAGUCCUCCGGAUGACCACAAUUUCUCACACGAUUUGGGAGCAGCGGGACGGCGCACAGGCGGCAAAGGAGAUGAUAGCCGCUGGGCAGGUGUGGGAGACACUUUUUGGAGGAAUACUGUUUAAUAUCGUCGAUGCUGUUUGCAUCCGCACCGGGAUUGAGACGGUGGAUGGAGACGAUAGGCCGCGCGAAUAUUGGGUUAUCGAGGCCUUCAUUCGUAAGAUCUGUCCCUGGUAUGCCAAUGCUAUUGAAAAAUUUGGUUUUCUACAUCCGACACCCCAGCUCGCCGAGAGUGCCAGGUUGGAGAGAGCUCUGUGGGAGACGAUGAUGCUAACGACGCAGAUCAAUAUUGGCAAAUAUUGGUUUGGGACUGACACGGGUUAUAUCGGGUGCGUCGAUCGUGAGCUUGAGGCGAGUGAUCAGUUGUGUACCAUCCUUGGCUGCGAGGGGCCUUUCAUUCUCAGGUCGACCAAUGAUGCUUUCAAGUUGAUAGCCUUACCUCAGUCCAGAGAUUUCGUACAGGACCAUCAUCGAACUCGCGUGCGCGAGGUGGAGAGGGAGGUCUUUACACUCCGUUGA